GUUGGUGCUUCGUUCGUUUUUUUGCUUUCUCUUCCCCCUCCUUCUUCCUUCCUCCUUUGUCGACGAGUAGAAUGAAGCUAACAGGUAGAUACAUGCAGGUGGAAUAAAGAAAUAGCCUACCAAAGAGCUUUACACAUGGGCGCCGAGUUCCGUGCAAAAGGCGUUAAUGUAGCACUAGGUCCCGUGGUGGGACCGCUUGGGAAGAUCGCUAAAGGAGGUAGGAAUUGGGAGGGUUUUAGUAAUGAUCCGUACUUGGCGGGGGGGCUGGCGGCGGAGACGGUGAAGGGUGUGCAGGAGGCGGGUGUGGUGAGUUGUGUUAAGCAUUUUAUUGGGAAUGAACAAGAGACAAACAGAAUUCCAGGAUACAACAAUCAGAGUCAAAGAGUAGAAGCAGUAUCGUCUAACAUCAACGAUAAACUCCUCCAUGAAAUGUAUCUCUGGCCCUUCGUCGACGCUAUCCAUGCCGGAGCGGGGAGUGUGAUGUGUUCGUACAACCGCGUUAAUAACUCCUAUUCCUGCCAGAAUAGCAAACUUCUAAACGGGAUCCUGAAAACCGAGCUCGGGUUCCAAGGCUUCGUCGUUAGUGAUUGGGGCGCCCUGCAUGCGGGAUAUGUGGCUGCGCAGGCGGGCCUUGAUAUGGUCAUGCCAGGCCCUGCGAAUUUUUGGGCGGGGAAUUUAACGGCGAGUAUUGCGAAUGGGAGUCUGGCCCAAGAGGUGUUGGAUAAUAUGGCGACCAGGAUCAUGGCAACAUAUUACCAAUUCUCCCAAGACGAGUCGUCGUUCCCAUCACCUGGGAUCGAUAUCCCGAAAUCUCUAGCUGCGCCGCAUACUUUCGUCAAUGCCGUGUCCCCGGAUUCGAAACAGAUCCUACUUGAUUCUGCCAUUGAGAGUCAUGUUUUGGUUAAAAAUCUGAGAGCAGGGAAUAAUUCCCUGGGAUUGCCGCUCAAAACCCCGGAAUUGGUGUCAGUGUUUGGAUACGAUGCCGCUGAACCGCCAAUGAACCCCUAUAUCCCAAAUCCCGGGCACGGGGCACAAUUCUUGAAUUCUACCCUAACAGUAGGUGGUGGCUCGGGGUCUAAUAAUCCUUCUUACGUCUCCUCCCCCCUCUCAGCCCUCAACCAACGCGCCUACGAAGACGGUUUCCAACUCCUCUGGGACACAACAAACCUCAACGCCACCGCAGCCGUAAACCCCGCCUCAUCAGCCUGCCUCGUGUUCCUGAAUGCCUGGGCGACCGAAAGCCACGAUCGUCCUGGACUUUAUGACGAAUUUUCCGAUUCCUUAGUGCUGAAUGCAGCAAGGCAGUGCAGUAAUACUGUAGUGGUGAUCCAUAAUGCGGGGAUUAGGAUAGUGGAUCGCUGGGUGGAGCACGAGAAUGUGACUGCGGUGAUUUUUGCGCAUCUGCCGGGGCAGGAUAGUGGCAGGGCGUUGGUGAAGUUGCUUUGGGGAGAGGAGAACCCGAGUGGGAGGUUGCCGUAUAGUGUUGCGAGGAAUGAGGGUGUGUAUUUGGAGCCAGUGCAGCCCGAGGGAGAGUUUGUGUUGUUUCCGCAGGAUGAUUAUAAGGAGGGGUGGGAGGUUGAUUAUAGGGGGUUUGAUGAGAGGGGUGUGGUGCCCAGGUUCGAGUUUGGGUUUGGGUUGAGUUAUACUAGUUUUGCGUAUAGCAACCUCAGCAUAAGUCAAGUUGAGGAAGCGGUCUUGGGCGAGUGGCCAACGGGAGGUGUGAAGGAAGGAGGACAAGAAGAUCUUUGGGAUGUAUUGUUCCGUAUCGAAGCUAGUGUGGCAAAUACUGGGAGUGUAGAUGGAAAGGAGGUAGCGCAGCUCUAUGUUGGGAUUCCGGGUGGACCGGUGAAGCAACUUAGGGGCUUUGAGAAAGUUAGUGUUGAGGUGGGUGAAAGCGUCACGGUGGGCUUUGACGUGACGAGGAGGGAUUUGAGUGUUUGGGACGUUGUGGAGCAGAAGUGGAGAUUGCAGAGGGGAGAGUAUGAGGUUUUUGUUGGGCGUAGUUCAAGGGAUCUGCCGCUUGUGGGGAAUUUGACGGUCUAGGACUGGGGUUUUGGGCAAGGAGGCUCUGUUCUUGGCUGGUGAGGUUAUGGAAAGGUACUGGAAGCACUGGGCCAGCGAGCCUCUUGUCAUUGUGAGCCAGCCAUAUCAGGUAACUUUUUCAAAUCAAUGAGGAGAAAAUUGAUUCAUUCUGCAUAAAGCGAUACUAUCUCUGCCCUACCAAGGUCUAAGAUAGAACCUGUUAGUCGGAUACGGUAAGACCGUCUCAAUGGCUCCCAAAAUAGAAG